AUGGCAGUGUCUAGGGCAGUACUGGUGUUGCUUGCUCUCUGUGUGCUUCCGGCGCUUGUCAGUGCAAAAAUCUUGGGCAAACCAUUCCAUGUCCAAGGUCGCGUCUACUGUGACACUUGCCGCUGCGGUUUCGAGACCUCCGCCACCAUUUACAUCGCCGGUGCAACGGUGGGAAUCAAGUGCAUGAACAGGAAUAGCAUGAGCCUUGCAUACAGUGUAGAGGGCGUGACCGACGAAACUGGAACAUACAACAUUUUGGUCGAAGACGACCAUGAGGACCAGAUUUGCGAGUCGGUCCUCGUUAGCAGCCCGAUCAGUGACUGUAAAUCGGCUGAUCCUGGACGUAGCCGUGCCAACGUGGUACUUACCCGCUUCAAUGGCGUUGUUAAGACCAAGCGCUUUGCAAACAAUAUGGGGUUCUUCAAGGAUCAGGCAUUGCCUGAAUGUACCGAACUGCUCAAGCAAUACUUGAACUAUGAUCAGCCAGAAUAG